CUGGAGAGACACGUGCUUCCAUUGCCUGCCCUGCCCUAGUGGGUCUGCAGCCACACACUCCUCCCCUCGCCCAUAGCUCCCAGCAGCGCCCGCAGUCCUGCCAUCACUGGUUCCAAUGUCAUGACCUUGCCCUGCCUGCGCACAGCUGGGCCGAGGCCUGUGUGAGCCGAGGUGGCGGCGGCCGCCUGCUCCCGCUGCUCCUGCUCCUGCUCGGAUGUUUGUCUCGGGGAGCACGCCGGCCGCCCUGCUGGAGACGGGCCGGCCGCCAGGGUCCCAGCGGCCACACAAGGACGUCAGCUUCAGGACCAUGCAGCGCUCCUCCCGGGACCCGGGCGCCCGCAGCAUCCCCGUCCCUGAGGACAGGAAGCUGUACGUCGUGGACUCCAUCAACGACCUGCACAAACUCAACUUCUGCCCCGAGGGGUCCCAGCACCUGCUCCCGCCGGAGGAGAAAACCCCCGAGGCCGGCUCUCGCUCCGCCGAUGGGCGCUCCCGCCUGCUCUUCCUGGGGCUGGUCCUGGCACUGAUGGUCAGCCUGGUGCUGGUCGCCUUGGUGACCUUCCUCAUAAUUCAGACUGGAAGCAAGAUGGACAACGUGUCGCAAAGACUGGCAGCUGAGGGGAAGGACAUAGACGAGCUCAAGAAACUCAACAGCAUGAUCGUCCAGCGGCUCAACCAGCUGGAGGCGGCACAGAACCAGGGAGAAUCUCCUGAGCAGCUGGGCCCCUAGCUUCCGAGCCUGUGCGGGGCCAGAAGCCCAGCCCCGCCAUCCUGCAGGCAGCCCACCAUCUGGGCAGAGAGCCGGCCCGGCCAGCCC